AAGAUGAAUCAACGUUAUCAGAUACAAAUGAUGUAACCGAAGAAAUGCAAAUAAGCAAAGAUCUUCUGAUCACAAAUUUUAGUCACCUUUUUAAUGAUAUCAAUGCUAUUAAUUUUUCUUUUCCACCAUUACCUUCUUAUUCGCCCAAUAUAGAAUCAUUGGAGAAUUAUUUUAAAGAAUUGGCUUCACAGUAUGGUCAACUUAAGUCUACAAAGACAGAAAUCGAAGAAAAAAUGCUAAAAUUGUUGUAUGAGCUUAGGGGCGCAUACUUAAUAUUGCUCGUAAUUCUGGCAGAAGAAAUUAGUAAAAGGCAUGAACAAAGAUAUUGGGUAGGAACAUGGAGGCUUAUUGAAUUACUCAAUAUAACACAUUGCCCGGCAUCUAUUCUUGUAGAAUCAGGCCUCACUGCGAGAUAUUUGAUGAGAGAAACAAAUUAUGACCAAUUUCUAAAAAGUCUCCUAAAUAAUGUUGAGGCUAACCACGAAGCUCCCAAGUUUGGCGAAUCUUUGAUAUUAAG